UUUACAAAGCCAAAAGAUAAUUUUGAACGGAAGAAUAUAACUGAAGGAGAAAGAACGAUUUGGCCAAACCUCAUCGUAUUGGACGCCAUCUUGGAUUGAGACCACAAUGCUUUGCAAGAAAUAUCGCGUGGUUACUAAAUAAUCAAAAUGGCGGACGAUAAAGUAAGUAAAUGUGAUUCCAACACAAAAGUUGUAAUACCCCGUGGAAAACCUAAAUCUGGUCGAAUAUGGAAGAGUGAGAAAGAUAAGAAAUCAAAAAUUGUCAAUGUGAAGCCACUUAAGUCAAGCUGGAAAAAGAAACAACAAGACAAAAUGAGUAAAAAGCUUCUUAAAGCUUAUGAACAAGAACUCAAAGAAACUUCUAAUAAAGAGAAAGAGGAAAGACGUAAAAGAAUAGAAGAAAAAAGAAGACGGAAGGAAGAAAAUGAGAAGAAUUCACAAAUCGUUCAAGUUAUAAAGAACACUUCAAAGAUUAAAAAGAUGAAGAAAAAACAGCUUAAGCAGCUUCAAACAAGAUAGGAAUAAACAAAAUUAUUAUUUUUUAAUCAGAUGAGAAUUGGCACACUGUAUAAAAAACAUGCCACUUUUGUGCCGUGACUGCAGCAUGCUGGUGAUGUAUUGCUGUAUCAGUGGUUUCAUUUCCUUACGGGCAAGUUUCCAAGACCAUGCCAUGUCUGCACUGAACCAUGUUUUUAAACAAUCAUAUGAAUUUCACUCUAUUCUGUAGYAUUCACUGCCAAGAUACUGUACAGUGAUAUUGCAUUGGCACAUGUUCAGAUGUAUAGAAGAAUGAAUUUAUAUUAUUAAAAUUAUAGCUGUUGAAGUUUACUUCAAAAGUCAUUUAAGUAAAAAGGGACCUUGAAUUUAGUCUCAGUUGCCCAGAUGUCUUGGUCAAAGUCCAAAGAAAGUUCUGAAAGUAAACUUCCAGACAUGUGAUACCACAGUUGUAAAAUGAUUUUUAAACAUUUCUGUCAGACAAUUUGUCACAGAUACAGGCCUUUUGUGUACUUUUAAGUGUACAUGUACCUCCAAAAACAAUUCAUUUAGUGUAUUUAGUGUAUGACAAGUAUGUAAACCACUGCAACACCCCUUCCUAUCUAUAAUAUCCCUAUGUAAUGACUUACACAAAGAGCUAUAGUUUUCAAUUUGUUUAUUUCUUGUCAGUUGUUGUAAUAGGAACACCAGACACAACCUUUAACACACUACAUAUAUGGUACAUGUACAUACAAUGUAGAUUCACAUUUUGUUACAGUAGCACAUCACCUUGAAAUUAUUUUCAAGCCAAAAUGUAUGGUAUCAAAUGUUAAAAUAUUUGUAUUAAAAUUCUGUUUGAUUAUUA